AGUACAAUAUAAUAAUAUUCAGAUAAGUUUAGUAACGUUGGAAGGAAGACAGGGAAAUGGGUCACCUCUAUGCUUUGGACUUUGAUGGAGUUAUAUGUGACAGUUGUGGGGAGACUGCAAUCUCUGCUCUCAAGGCUGCCAAGUUGAGAUGGCCUUCCUUGUUUGACGGUGUGGAUUCAACCAUAGAAGAUUGGAUUGUUGAUCAGAUGAUUACAGUACGUCCAGUUGUUGAAACUGGAUAUGAAACUCUUCUACUUGUAAGGUUGUUGCUUGAGACUAGGGUUCCUACCAUCAGGAAGUCUUCGGUUUCAAAGGGGCUUACGGUUGAGGAUAUACUGGAGAAUUGGUUCAAAUUGAAACCUGUUAUUAUGGAAGAAUGGAAUGAGAAUAGAGAAGAUCUGGUAGACCUUUUUGGGAAAGUCAGAGAUGAAUGGCUGGAGAGGGAUUUCACUGGUUGGAUUGGAGCAAACAGACUAUAUCCUGGUGUUGCUGAUGCAUUGAGAUUUGCAAGCUCAAAAGUGUACAUUGUCACCACAAAACAGAGCCGCUUUGCCGAUGCUUUACUAAGAGAGCUUGCUGGAGUCACUAUACCACCAGAACGAUUAUAUGGUUUAGGAACUGGUCCCAAGGUAAAAGUGUUAAAGAAGCUUCAGGAAAUGGCAGAACACAAAGGGCUGACACUACACUUUGUGGAAGAUAGGCUUGCAACCCUAAAGAAUGUCAUCAAAGAACCCGAGUUGGAUAACUGGAAUUUGUAUCUGGUGAAUUGGGGGUUCAACACUCAAAAAGAGAGAGAAGAAGCAGCAGCCAACCCUAGGAUUCAAGUUCUUGAGCUUUUUGACUUCAGUAGCAAGCUGGUGUAGUAGUCUGACUUCGUUAAAUUGUCAAACAUUGGAUUAAAUAUUUACUACCAUUUCAUUCCUUUAUGUGCAACGACAAAUUGCUACACUUGAAAAUUCAUGAGGUAUUUUUAA